AACAAUUUGUCGCAACAUGAUCAUGCGCAUUACACCAUGAAGGCUACAAAUUGUUAGGGGAAUACCAUCAUUUAGCAUACUAAGGACAUAUUUAAUACAUGCAUUCAUCAUCACCUCUGCUUUAAACGACUAACACCAUCAACGAGGCACACAAAAUUUCAGUAUCCCCAGGCAGCGGUCGUGUCAACAUUGAAUAAUGUGUCUUUGGCUAUUGACAGCAUGUUUGGGUCUUAUUCCUACCAACACUCCUCCGAACAACGUUAUCGUUAUUCAGGGAUUGCCAACGCCAAUAAUACAACCGACGACAGCCCCAGUGACAAAUACUACCACCACCACUACAACAACUACAACGACCACGACAACUUUUCGGCCAAUCAUCACACAAACACCGCCGGUCACCGCAUUCCCUACAGGUGGAGUCGCUUUAGCAGCUGUUGUAGUAUGUAACGAUUCAGAUGUAAUUUGUGUUGCUAAUCCUGAUGACAUCGAUACAGGCUCGCUCCCUAUCGACCCGAGGCUGGGAACUACGCCAGCGACGUCGGCAGCGCUGCGAGUCCCAUCUAUAACCGGAUACAGUGCCCAAGCACCAUCCUUCGAUACAGCUGUGAAAUUCCCAAGAGAGAGACGAAGGAGAAGUUUGGAAGACAAGGAAAAUGUUUUAAACGGUGCUUUGUUUAGUUACAAAAGCCUAAUUCAUAAAAUAACAAAGAGACAAAGCUGUUCAUGUGUACCCGUUGGUACGUGUGCAAAUCAAGGAUCGAAUAAUGGUGGUGGGCUCAUAGACUUCAGAAUUGUUACACCGGGCCAAUGCCCCCCUGGCCAAGUAUAUUGUUGUGGUGGUACGACUUCCUCGAUAGCGUGCGGUACAUUGCAAGCUACGCCCAAUAUUGCUGUGCAACCCGGUCCUGGACAAGCUAAUUAUGGAGAAUACCCAUGGCAGGCAUUGAUUUUAACGAAACAGAAUGAGUAUAUUGCAGGAGGAGUGCUAAUUGACCAAUUAAACGUUCUGACUGUCACCCAUAGAUUGCUUCCAAAUAUUGUUUCAGGCACAGCUCCCAAUAUUAAGGUUCGAUUAGGAGAAUGGGAUGCUGCGGGAACCUACGAGCCUGUUCCAUACCAAGAGUACACGAUACAGAGAGUGUUCACCCAUCCCUCGUACAACCCCAGUACUCUUCAGUACGACAUAACCGUAUUGCGACUGGCGAAUCCAGUGCCUUUUACCCCGGCAGCUGGGUCAGCUGUCACUAUUAACAGAGCUUGUCUUCCGCCUAACGCAGCUUCGACUUACGUUGGGCAAAGGUGUUGGGUAUCAGGAUGGGGGAAAGAUAUGUUUGGUAAUCAAGGGCAAUUUCAACAAAUUUUGAAGGAAGUAGAUGUGCCAAUUGUAGCUUCGGCUACGUGUCAGAGCCAACUGCAGACAGCCAGGCUCGGUCCAAAUUUCGUUUUAGACACAACAUCCUUUAUAUGUGCUGGAGGUGAAGCGAACAAAGAUUCUUGUACAGGUGAUGGUGGAUCUGGAUUAGUCUGCUCAGUGAACGGUCAAUGGGUGGUAGUGGGAUUGGUAGCCUGGGGCCUGGGAUGUGCAGCAAGCAAUGUUCCCGGCGUUUACGUCAACAUCGCAGCACUCUUGCCCUGGAUUCAGCAACAAGUAGCUACGGUAUAAAGUGAAAUCCAAUGGUAGCGAAACAAUAUCAUGUCUAAUAAAUAUUUCUAUCUUGAAAAUAUAUUUUUUUAAAUAAUCAACCAUUUCGGAAGCUUAACGUAAUAAUUUAUUAUUUUAACAGUUUAUACAAAUAGCCAUGUAAACAUUAUAAAACAUUACAAUUCCUAAACAAAAUAAAAGGAUGACCUACUUACAAAAAAACAGCGUUCUAAACGCAAACUUCAACGGCAUUAACUAUAACUUAGUACGGGACGUAUUCUAGUAUUGCAGCGGGAGUUCCGCGUCACGGACGACAAUAUUCGCUAGGCAACCCGUUCAGUCUUCGUCGGGUUUCUCUUCUUUCACUACAAGGGGAGGUGAAGGAUUCGGAACUUCUGGCGGAGGGGCUGGUGGAGGAGAAGCUACCUCAAUAUACUCGUCGGUGUUGCGCUCUUCUUUUAUGUCUGGCUCUCGUUUAACUUCGGCCAAUGGUGGCACGGGAGGUGGAAUCUGUGCAGCUUGAGGUACCGCUUCCGGUGGUGCCAACGCAGCCCACGCCGAUGCUGCUCCUCUCGCGUAGGCCUCAUAGAACGCUCUCUGUGCUAUUUCCGCCUCCUCUAGAUGUACGAAAGCGUGAUUAUCCAACUCGGCCCGGAAGAAGAAUUUCAUACCGCACCGUCCGCAGUCGAACGGUUUCGGCGCUGCUGCGUGUUCGGGGAGGUGACGUUGCAGUCCGGCUGCGCUGGUGAAAACUGCCGAGCAGAGGUAGCAGGUGAACGCGCUUAUUCCGGCGAACGUGUGUUCUAUGAGGUGCGCUUGAAGUCUCGUAGGAGAACCGAGAGUGCGUCUACAAAGGCGGCAGUCGUGAUCUGCUGGUGGAGGGGGGUGAGGGGCGGCGUGCCGAGCGUAGCACGAAGAACAAGCGCGAGCCCCUUCGCCUGUCUCACUUUCUGUCAAUGCCCUCAAACAUAUCGCGCACCGUUGUUCGUCUUCUGCCGGUCGCAAAUGGAAACGAGCGUGAAGCCUUGCCUCCGCCUCUGACGCGAGAGUUUGCCGGCAAACAACGCAUGGUGCCGGCAGCGUGGGAUGAUGUCGCGCCAUGUGGGUUAGGAAUGAUUCUUCGGACGGCAGCCUAGCACGGCAUCGAGCACAUGUGUCGCCAGCAACAACCUGAUGACAAAC